AUGGCAAAGACUAGAGGAGGCCUUUCCGCAUCCCCAUCCUCGCCGAUGCCUCGACCACAGCAAUCCGCCAUUGGAGGUGCCAGUUCGCUACCUGCUCAGGACCCGACCAUUCCCCCAUCUAAGGGGGGAACCCCUUCUCAGCGCCGAUACCCCACCAGGAGGCCACCCACUGACCCUGUGCCACCCGUCAAUCAAUCCAAGAGGCCUGCUUCUCGGCCACCUGCAAAGAGAACCAAGUUCUCGGGUUCUGGAGAGCCAUCCCAAGCGUCUCAGGCAGAGCCGCCUACAGAGGAAUCUCAGAUUCCUGUAGGGAUUCCUCUUGAGACCAUCAUCAGGUGUCCUAUGAUUGCCGGACCACCGAUGGAGGGCAACCUGGAUUGCAGAGAUCGAUCCUUCCACUCCGAGACCUACUUUGAUAUCGAGGGUGCCAUUGGAGCUCGCCACAUUGUUGAGGCCCUCCGUAUACCUUAUGAGCCUGUGACUCGGGCAGACUUCAAGGAGUGGUCCUCAUUUUCUCAGACGGACAUGGGAGCCCCAACUGUGCCUGCACCUCACGGACCCCCACUUAUGCCCCCACCUCCAGAGAUACCCCAAGAUGAGCAGCUACCUCAGGCCCAGCAGGAUGAGAUUCUCACAAACACUACACCUUCUGCCCCUACAGCACACACCUCAAUGCAUAUCCCUGAGGAUAUACAUCCUACUUCUCCUAUCACUCAGGGUGCUCCACCAGUCAUACUAGCUACCCCAGCACCUCCUCCUUCAUCUAAGCCCAAUGUCACCGUUUCUCUUACGGAAUUCAGAGGCUUAAUCCAGCAGCAUUUGAGUAUGCAGACACCUCUUGGGCAUGAUAGGUCUGGACCAUCCGAGCCUCUAGUACCAGAUGAGGAGACCAUACCAAUUGAGCAGCCCAUAUCAGCUGACGAGAUCAGAGCAGAGCCAUCACAUGAUCCCACUACUAUCUAA